AAUAAUAAAUUAUUAAUUCAAAAUAGAUCGAAUUGAAAUAUUUUUUUUUUGUUCUUCUCAUAAGUGGGGAGUCGUAGUGAUCGGAACGCAGGAUCGGGUCGGAUCUGAAUUCGGAUUGUACUUGUACCGGACCUUUGUUUCAAUGGCGCAGAUACUUUCCCCUGUUUGUACGGAUCUAUUGAAGUUCCAGAACUCAGUUGUUAGCUCCAGAUCAGGUGCGUCGUCGCGGUUCUCGGCGAAGACCACCGCCGGUGCUUCUUCUUCUUGGGGCUUACCUCGUUACGCCGGAAAGAAGCGAAGUGGUUCCAUCGGGAGGUUGAGAGUUGCAACUGAGGAUGCUUCUUCUCUUUCCACCGGUGACGUCGCCGAUGAUUACUAUGCCGUUCUCGGACUCCUUCCAGAUGCUACACCGGCGGAGAUUAAGAAAGCUUACUAUAACUGUAUGAAAUCUUGUCAUCCUGACUUGAGUGGCAAUGACCCUGAAACCACAAAUUUCUGCAUCUUCAUUAACGAUAUCUAUGAGAUUCUAAGUGACCCUGUACAGCGUAUGGUUUACGAUGAAAUUCAUGGUUAUGCUGUGACUGCCACCAAUCCUUUUCUUGAUGACUCUAGCCCAAGAGAUCAUGUUUUUGUUGAUGAGUUUGCUUGUAUAGGCUGCAAAAAUUGUGCCAAUGUGGCUCCAGAUAUAUUUGAAAUUGAGGAAGAUUUUGGAAGAGCAAGGGCCUGUAAUCAGCGUGGCAACCCAGAUUUAAUUCAGCUUGCGGUUGAGACAUGCCCGGUUGAUUGCAUCCAUCAGACUUCUGCUGCACAGUUGUCAUUGCUCGAAGAUGAGAUGCGAAGGGUUGAAAGAGUGAAUGUAAGACGAGCAUUUCUCUUAUUGGUCAUUGUAAAGAACCACAAGGUUGCUCUGAUGCUUUCUGGAAUGGGGUCAGGAGCAGUUGAUGUUUUCAGAAUGGCGAGAUCUCGAUGGGAAAAGAGGCAAGCAAAAGUUUUGAAUCAAGCUAGAAGUAGAAUGAUGAAGCGGAAAAACACAGACGAAACACCUUCCUAUUGGGAUAACCUCUGGGGCCAACAGAAUGAUUACCAGAAAAGCGAGGAAGAAGUACAAGAACGAGCACAGCGAGCGGCCGCAGCAGCUAGGAGAUGGAGGGAAUACUCACGAAGAGGCGUUGAUAAGCGCCCCACCUUCAAACUCCCCGACUCCGCCUGUAAAGGAGACAACUGAAACCACAUGGACAUAAGUCUCUUAUAGUUUAUAUAGGUAAGUAGGCUUCUUACUAGAUUUUAUAUGUAAUAAUUUCAUUCAGCACAGCCGUACCGGUGUGUCAUGUCGCGUUCUAGACUUGUAUAGCUUUGUUCUCACAUCGAUUAAGGAAAAAAAAAAACAAGUGUAUUAAAGUAACGUACUCAAUUUUAUGUAUAAUAUACUUUUCCAACGCCUAGAA